CCAUCAUCAUGUGUUAUUUUUUGAAAAAUUAUGCUUUGGAUCCCUUUCUACCUUUUAAUUUAACAGUCCUCUAUAAGGAAUUUAAUUUAUCUUUGAGGGUCAUUUCAGGUCCAGUUUGCAGCAUGUAGGGACUUGAGGCAUGCUCAAAACUAGGGAGUAUGAUACAAACACUCUUUAACUGGUUGUCUACAUCAGAAAAUCUACUUGUUUCAAUUCAAGAGAAAAUAAAAUGGGCUGAUGCUAUGAGUGAAAUUGAGAAGAAGCACAGGAAGGAUGUGGAAGAGAAGGUACAAGAACUAAAGUCUGUUAUCAAGGAAUUGAUUGAAGAAGGAGCAAUAAAGCUAGUGGUACCAAAGAACUUUCUAAUUGGGUGUAAUUCUGUUGUUUUGGCAACAUUGAAUAGUGAUAAGAAAGAUGACUAUGAUCAAUUUGGGUGCUUGACAACUUACAAUACUUUCAUUGAGUACUAUAAUGAGCAAAUAAAAAAAGGCUAUAGAGACAUUGAGACAAAAGUACUCAUAUUUUGAUAAUUAUGGUGCUACCAAACGUUUAUUUCAAGCACCACAACAAUAUGGUGGGUUGUGUUUUUAUUUUCUUUUUUUACAUGAAUAGUGUAUAAUUACAUGUUAGUGCUAAUUUUGCAAUGAAUAAUUCUUAUCAUGUUUAUUAAUUUA